AUGGUCCGCAUCACCGUCGCCGCUCUCCUCACCUUCGCCCUCUCCGUCUACGCCAUCGGCGACUCCGCCGGCGCCGCCAAUGUCGGCAACGGCCAGGGCAAGCAGUUCAUCACCGGCCAGUGCCUCUCCAACGCCGACUGCGCCUCCAACUGCUGCGCAGGCCUCUCCACCGGCGGUGCCGUCUGCUCCGGCCCCGACGUCGGCGACGUCGCCCCCAAGAUCGGCUGCGGCUUCCCCAACAUCGCCGGCGCGAACGGCCCCGGCGCGAACGGCGCGGCCGGUGGUGCUGCCGGUGGUGCUGCCGGCGGUGCUGCCGGCGGUGCAGCCAACAACGGCGUCAACAACGGCCAGGCCGGUCAGAACUGCGCUCCCGUCAACAACUAA